UUUGGAAUGGUCAUAUUGCUAAUGUCACAUUCUUUUUAUGUUAAAUUGUUUUUAUUCUUUCUCGAUUUACUCUUGAUUGUAAAGAAAGAGGAUACUUUUUAUACGCUUUAUCGUUAAUUUUAAAAAUGUCUCGUCAAACAUCUCGUCUUGAUGCUAAGAAAGUGAAUUCUGAGCUAUUAACUCUUACAUAUGGAGCUUUAGUUUCUCAAAUGCUAAAAGAAACGGAGAACCCGGAGGAUGUUAAUAAGCAGUUAGAACGAAUUGGUUACAAUAUGGGCGUACGCCUCAUCGAAGAUUUCCUCGCGCGAACGACUUCUACGCGCUGUUUGGAAAUGAGAGAAACGGCCGAUAAAAUUCAACAGGCCUUUAGAUUAUACUUAAAUAUGCAGCCGACAGUCACAAGCUGGAGCAGUGCUGGUGAUGAAUUCUCUCUUGUAUGGGAUCAGUGUUCCCUCAGUGAGUGGGUUGAAAUGCCAAACAAUGGUCUUAAAUACUGCGCUUUAAUCCCUGGCGCUAUCAGAGGUGCUUUACAGAUGGUGCAGCUAGAUGUACAGUGUUGGUUUGUGCAGGAUCAACUAAAAGGUGACUCCGUGACUGAGCUAAGAGUGAAAUACAUCAAAAGGCUAGAAGAUGCAGUUCCUGCUGGAGAAGAUUAAUGUGCUAUUUAGUUUCAAAUAUUUUAUUUGUUAAGAUUGGCUAAUUUACAUCUAUCUCAAUCUGAAGGGUAAAUUGAAUUGUGCUAAAUAA